AAUGUCAGUGUUGGAGAUAAAUUAAUGUUUUGAUUAUUUUAAAACAGAAUUUUACAAAAUAAUCAAUUAAAAUGACGGUUAAAAUAAAAUCGAAAGAAAACAAAUCCGGUGAAAUAAUCGCUUACAGUGAAACUGCUAUGCGAAAUAAUGCAGCCGUUGUUGAAUAUUGUCGUACAUCAAUGGCAGCACUAUCGGGUGGUACUGCUGGUUUACUAGGACUAACUGGUUUUUAUGGCUUUGCAUUUUAUGUAUUUGCUGUUGUUGGUCUCUGGGCAUUAUUAGUAUUAAAAGCAGGUUCGAGUUGGAAAAAAUAUUUUAUAUCUAGGAAAACUUUAUUAACUUAUGGCUUCUUUGGUGGUUUGUUUACGUAUGUUUUAUUUUGGACAUUUUUGUAUGGUAUGGUCCAUGUAUAUUAA